CCUCUCUCUCUUAUCCUCCCUCUCUCUCUGGUUGGCCUCCUUCAUAGAUAAUUGGAGGCAAAUUUCGAUAUGCUCAAUGUCAUGGACAGGAAUAAGGUUUCACCGGUGUCUGCUGCCACCAUGAAAAAGAAGGGGGUGGGCGGCAGCGGGUGCAGCCACAUCAGUGCACCCAAUGCUGCCGCAUCUAAAUGUUCCAAAAGCACCGGUGGACAGAACUGCUUGAACCCCGGUUCCCCCGUCGCAUCUAGCGGUAACCAGCCCGGUUUGACCUGCAGCGUCGUGAUGGAUGAGACUGAGGAUGGAGAAGAAGAGUCCAGGUUUCAGCAUCCGCGGCUGCGCCGAGCCGGGGGGAGCGGCAGCAGCGGAGGUGGAGGAGGAGGAGGCGGCGGCAGUAUCAGGAUGAAGAACUUUACGCCAGGAGGGGGAGCCUCGUCCUCGGCUUCCAGGAGGAACUCCAACAAGGAGCUCUGCCUUACGCACACAGAGGACGUUCCCUCCGCCUCACGGCCCACUGCUGCCUCUGGAGCGACCGAGACACCCUGUCCGGGCGAUGCUGCCCAACGCGGCGAGACCAGCGGAGCGUCUGGGGCGGAGGCGUCGGAAUCUGCGCUCGGGGUAAAGGUUUCCAACGCCACAGCGGGUGAUGGUCGCAUCGGCGUCGCUCCAGCUUCCAGCAUGAAAUGCAACAAAAACGGAGAAUGCAGGAGGGAUUCGGGUACCGGGAGCCUGCGCUCAAUAAUCCCCAAGCAGGAGAAGCAGACAGUGGGGUCGGGCAAAGCCGAGGAAGGGGGCGCUGCCAGGCGGGGAACCUGUAACUCGACCACCGCCAGUAUGGACGGCUCGAUCACGCCAGGGGGGUCUCUAACCGGGGGGCAAGGCGGGGAGGGCGCCAACCCGGGCGCCACCCCCGUAUCCAGCGGUGUACCUGAGAAGAAGGAUUCCAAGGUGUCCUUCUCCAACGCGCCGAGCCGGAAAGCCUCCUCCUCGCUGCACGGCCCGACCCAGACUCAGACUCAACAGCCGAGGAACUCUGUAACUUUCCAGAAACAGGAAGAUGGACCAUCGAUUGUGCCCGCCGAGGAUGCAGAACCUCGGGGAAGCCAAGCCAGCUUCAUGCAGCGGCAGUUCAGUAGCAUGCUGCAACCUGGAGUUAACAAAUUCUCCCUGCGCAUGUAUGGUAGUCAAAAAGCUGUUGAGAAGGAGCAGGAGAGGGUGAAAUCAGCUGGAAACUGGAUUAUCCAUCCUUAUAGUGAUUUCAGGUUCUACUGGGAUUUUACAAUGUUGCUGUUUAUGGUGGGUAACCUGAUCAUCAUCCCUGUGGGCAUCACCUUUUUCAAGGAAGAAACCACAACACCCUGGAUCAUCUUCAAUGUGGUCUCUGACACGUUCUUCCUCAUGGACCUGGUGCUUAACUUUCGCACUGGAAUCAUCAUUGAGGACAACUCAGACAUAAUUUUGGACCCUGAGACUAUAAAGAAAAAGUACUUAAAAACGUGGUUUAUUGUAGACUUUAUCUCCUCCAUCCCGGUGGAUUACAUAUUCCUUAUAGUGGAGAAAGGGAUAGACUCUGAGGUGUACAAGACUGCUCGGGCCUUGAGGAUUGUCCGCUUUACCAAGAUCCUAAGUCUUCUGAGGCUGCUCCGGCUCUCCAGAUUGAUACGCUACAUUCACCAAUGGGAAGAGAUCUUCCAUAUGACCUACGACCUGGCUAGCGCGGUGAUGCGGAUUAUCAACCUGAUCGGUAUGAUGCUACUGCUAUGUCACUGGGACGGCUGCCUACAGUUCCUGGUUCCUAUGCUGCAGGACUUCCCCUCAGACUGCUGGGUGUCUCUCAAUAAGAUGGAGAAUGAUACCUGGUCUGAACUCUACUCCUUUGCAGUCUUUAAGGCAAUGAGCCACAUGCUGUGCAUUGGUUAUGGCCGGCAGGCCCCGGAGAGUCUAUCAGAUAUCUGGCUGACGAUGCUGAGCAUGAUUGUCGGAGCGACCUGCUAUGCUGUCUUUAUUGGCCAUGCAACAGCUCUGAUUCAGUCCCUGGACUCAUCCAGACGUCAGUAUCAAGAAAAGGUGAGGCAACAACCAUGA